GCUGUGCAGUGUGGAUUGGGAAUCUCUCUCUCGCUCUCUCUCUCUCUCACACACACACUGAUCCAAAGUGGAGAUGAAGCUUUCCUAAAAGAUUUCAGGCGAGACCUACUCUCAGCCAGACAGGCACAGCUCUACAGACCAGGAGGCUGUCAGUUCUCCAACAUCGACUUCUAAGAAAGAAAGGAUGUUGGCAUCACUGGCCAGUUCAGCUUUUAUUGCCCAACCCUAAUUGCCCUCCAGAAGGUGGUGGUUGUUGAACUGCUGGCACACCCACAGCGCUGUUAGAGCGAGCUGGAACUUUAUGCUUCUCCCAGGUCAUCGCUUACACUUUUAAACAGCCCCAUCCCUUUUUGAUGCAUCACUCAACAUUGGAAAAAUGGCAACAUUUUGACAUUUCCUGAGAGCACAACUGUAGAAUUUAUACCACUUGUGUGCUUAAAAGCAAACAGAACCGUCCUACAUUCUGCUGCAGACUGUAUAGAAAUUCCAGCAUCUCUUACAGCAGAAUGGUGAAGAUGCUUGAGGUGUUAUGCAAUAUGGUUAAUUUGGCGACCCUCUCCAUGGUGCUGAUUCUGUCUCUGGGAGUUCCACAUCUGACACUCUCUUGUCCUCAUUCCUGUGCCUGUUAUUUCUCAACUGAAGUUCACUGCACUUUUCGAUCACUGACAGCAGUGCCGACCAGAAUACCGAAGGAGGUGGAAAGAAUCAAUUUAGGCUUUAACAAUAUACAAUCUGUGAGCAAAAUUUCGUUCCAUGGACUUCAAAAGCUGGAGCUUCUGAUGCUACACGGAAAUGAAAUCCAGAGGCUUCCGGAUGGAGCUUUUAAAGAUUUGCAAUCGUUGCAGGUACUUAAAAUGAGCUACAAUAAAGUGAGUGCCAUAACAGCGCAGACAUUUCAGGGGCUGGUGAAUUUGUUACGCUUGCACAUAGACCACAAUAAGAUUGAGUUCAUUCAACCAGGCGCAUUCUAUGGACUGACUUCCCUGAAAAUGGUCCACCUUGAAGGGAACCUGUUGCAGCAAAUCCAUCCAAGCACCUUUGUGACUUUUUCAUUUCUACAGCAUUUUAAAGUUUCGUCAAUAAAGCACCUCUACCUCUCUGAUAAUUUCAUUAGGACGCUACCCAGGGAAAUGCUUCAUUCAAUGUCAAAACUGGAAAGCAUCUACCUCCAUGGGAACCCAUGGUCAUGUGACUGCAGGUUAAAAUGGCUGCUGGACUGGGAAAGAGAAGCUGGAGGUGUUGUCAAAUGUAAAAAGGACAGAACAUAUCCAGGAGGGCGGCUGUGCUCACUGUGCUCCAAACCCAAACAGUUCACCAAAAAGGAGCUUUUUAAGCUGGAUUCCAAUGUCCUCACCUGUACAAAGCCAACAAUCAUAUCCCCAUUGAAGAAGACCAAUAUCAGUGAAUUGGAAGACAAUGAAGGUGAAGAUAUAUCACAUCAGAACUAUCAAAAGCUAUUUGGAAGCAUGACUUUGAACUUAACUGACCAGCAAGGGAACCUUAACCAUUUGGUCUGCCAUGUCAACAGACUGAGGAACGAUACAACGGUUCAAUGGCAUCGUCUAAAUGAACAAGAAAUUGCAGUCAAUAUGACCCUUUCUGUAACUCUUAUAUGCCAUAUGGAUCAAGAAAAGAUGCAAAGGCUUUGGAAACUUAUUGCCUACUACAGUGAGACACCUGUAAGAUUAGAAAGAGAUUUAAUGUUGUCCAAAGAACCCAACUUGAGUUAUCGAUAUAAACAAGCCGUUGACAAUGAUGCUUACUAUUAUACUGGUGUAAGAGCUGAAGUUAUGGCUGAGUCCUCAUGGUUAAUGCAAAAGUACAUCAAUAUCCAACUUGAUAGAAGGCAAACUACUGCAAGCCAUGUUGUCCUUCUGUUCUCAAUGUAUCUAUCGCAACACUUUCCAAUUAGCAACGCCGCAAAAGCCAAGAACAGCUGGGUAUCAAUAAAAGAAGAUGAAGGGACAAAGAGGGAUCAUGUUUUAGUUACAGGAACUAUGCUGCAGCUAAACUGUCCGGUCAUUGCCUCAGCGAGUCCAUCAAUACAAUGGAUGUUUCCUGAUGGUACCCAUCUGGAAGCUCCAUACACUAGCGAAGAUAACCGUAUUUCUGUCUCUACCACUGGGAAGUUAAUAGUGAAGGCUGUAGACUAUUAUGAUUCAGGUUUAUAUCAUUGCAUUGCGACUAUUAAGGAUGAUACAGAUACAAUGACCUAUCGGGUUGAUGUGCAGCCCACAAGAGUCCAUGCAAGUCAAGUGGAAGAAAGUGGUGUCACUGUGCAUUCAGGAGAUACCAUCUCUCUGCCCUGCACUGCCAUCGCGGUACCAAAUGCCCAGUUGAAUUGGAUCCUUCCAAGUAACGAUGUGCUCAGUGCCCCAUCAAACACUACUGGUGGAUUUGUUAUGGAGAAUGGAACUUUGGUCAUCAAAUCCAGCCAUGUUAGCAAUAGUGGGCAUUAUAGAUGUCUAGCCAUCAACAAAUAUGGCCUAGAUUUACUGAUUGUUAAUGUGGCAGUCAUUAAAAAGUUGCACGGCCAACAAAUCAAAAAGGGGAAAGCUGGCAGAGUGCCAAUUCCCAAACUCUUUAUAAGGAUAGAGGAUCCAAUGGCUGAGGAACAGGAAGGUUCAGGUAGAGAGACAGCAUAUGAAAGUCAGAAACAGGUAACCUACAAUAGAUACACUGUCAGUACACCUGUUGGGCGAAAACGUCUUCAUGCUGAUGGCACACAUGACCGCUCCAAAGCAGAAUCCAACAGGAACACCAAAUUAAGACAUGGGCCACAGAGGGGCAGGGGGAAGACAGCCACAGAAGGCAGGAGGAGAUGGGAUUCACGCAGAAGAGUUAAUAUGGCUAAUAAAAAGAUUGACCCACAAAAGUGGGCAGACAUCUUGGCAAAAGUGAGAGCGAAGACUAUUCCUAAAGUGACGGAUCCCCCCUUGUUCCAAAUCUAUAAAUCAACCACCAUAUCUCCAGCUGGAAAUGAAAACCAGACACAUCACCUGGAAGCAAAUCACCUAAAAAAACUCAACCCUGUCUCAGAGUCCGGUGUGGAGGAAUCAUCAGGAAUUGGUGAUCUAAAUUUUUCAGAGGAUGAAUUAAUACAUAUCAGCUCAUCCCAUAGUGCAACAGCGAAAGAACAUGACAUGCCGGAGAACACUACACUGAGCAAAACUCUCGUUCUUAAACAGCAGGAAAAUCUUUUGCAGCAAACAAUAAGAGGUGACACCAAUUCUGCCAAAAACCAAAUCUCUGGUGCAUCUCAUACUGACCCUGUUCUCAUAAGUGCUACUGAGUCCAGCACUGCAGUCAAUUUCCUUUCAAAACUGAGGCAUGAGUCAGAGAUUUGGGAAUUGCAGACCACUACAACUUCAGCCCUGGAACAGGUCAGUAUUGAGCCAAGAGGGAAAAUAAUUAAGAUACAGCCAAUACAUGGGGAGCCAGAAUAUGAUGAUGUAUCUGUCAUUGAAAGUAAAACUAAUGCUCCGAAACCUGAUGCACAUGAGGAGUUACCAAAACCUUGGAUGACUAAAGCUAUUACAUAUCCAGCAAGGAAGCUUCCUGAAAAGGACUCAAUAAUUCAUAUUACAGGUAUAAACCUUAACAGUGAUAAUGACAGUACAUUUAUCAGAGAAGAUCCAACCUUAACGAGCAAAACAGUCACUACUCUGAUCACAACUGAAGCAACUUCAACAAUCAUUAGGGCUCCUAUCUCCUCAACCAAAGCUAGAACUACCACAACAUUUCCCCCCAGUACUAAAGCAACUACCAUUACAACCCUGGUCCACAACACCAUAACCAAACCAGCUAUUAGCACAACUGCUGCUACUAUGCCUCCCACCAAUAUAGCCAAAUCUGUUACAAUGAAAACCAUGGUACCCAGGACAGUGGCAAAGACAACCACUGUUGUGAAUAUUAAUACAAGGGCUAGUCAAAGCAAAAAUAUGUCUAUUAUUGCUUCUCGAAACUAUCCAAGGAGAAGACUGCCUGGCAGAAGACGAUAUCGGCCUAAUAGGUACAGGCAAAGGCAACAUUUAUACCCAAUAGCCAGAGCCAAAGAAACAAAACCAACCCAGGUAAAUAUGGCAUCAACCAUUCAGCCAAGUAUGAAGUCUGUUCCGAUAGAAAUGAGCAAUUCUGAAACCAGCCCAAUCAAAGUCAACAUUACAUUAGAAAAGGAGCCAGAUUCAAAGUUAGUAACUGUAGCUUCUAACAAAUUAAAUUUGCCUGCUUUAGAACAACUCACAACAAAGGAACCAAAGUUAAAAUCGGUGAAUAUCUUGACCAUUACAAAUUCUCCACCUACAACAAAACCUUCAGGAACACCAAUCACUCAAGGGCUGCAACCUUCAAAAUCACAUCAACCAAAAUUAUUAGCUUCAACAACUCCAUCAACACUUGAAACUAUAAAAGCCAUUUUCUCAAACCUUCCUGAACCAGGACCAGCCAAUCCUGAAUCUUUAACCCAUCCAACAAAAACAUUAUACAUUCCAAGGGAUUAUAAAUUGCACAAUGGUACAAAACUUGAUUCUACAACCAUAUCACCUCUGAUAACAAAUACGUUUGAUAAACCUCCAGAUCUCACUACUCACUCAGAUUCUCUGGAGUCAAAUGGUAGACAUGUACUGACCACAACAACCACAACUUCAGUUGUUCCGGUGGGAUCUGGGAAAUUAAAGGGAGUACAGGACAGUGGUAAAACAUCAGACAUUAUCUUAAAUCCACUUGUCCCAAUUACAGUGCUUCCUAUUACCACAACAGUUAUGUUGACAUCAAAAUCUGUAAUGAAUUAUUUUGAAAUAUUAACCACAACCACGGCUUCUAUUGUACAGGGAUCCAGGGAAACUCCAAAAUCAAACACUGAGCCAAAAGUGCCAACUGUGACAAUUUUAGAAACUGAGGCUAAAUCACCAGAGGGCGAAACAUCUCACGGAAUUUCCACAUUUCGACAAAAUGGAAGUGAUAUCACAUCAAAACUUCCUUCUUCUCCUGACACAAUUAUGGACCCUUCACGAUUUCCUGGUCAGGGCAUUGCCCCAUAUAGUGAAGCAACAGAAAAAAAUGUGCCAGGAGCGCAAAUAACCAAUGUAACCUCCGGACAUGUCCCUCUUUUGCCUUCUCAAACCACAGUUUCAAUGGACAAAGAAGACCUGCCUCUAGCCAUUUCUCCAGAAGGUGCCUUGCCCAUUCAGAAAGCCGCUGGAAUAGGAGUAAAGAAACAAGACCGACUGGGAACCAAUGGAACAUCUGGAAGCAAUAAGCCAGAUGGGGUCCAUUCAAGGCAGCAUACAGUAACCACACAUGGCAGACAACAAGUUAAAGAAACAUACACGGAACAGUCAAACAACUUAACUUGGAUUUCAAAGCAUAAAUGGAAUCCAGAUGCAAAUCUCAGCAUAAUGUCCAGUCCAAACCAAGGCUCCAGGCUGAAAUCUCCCAAAUAUAUUCCUGUAGGAGUAACAGAAAAAACGCUGACACCUACAACAAGGGUUUGGUCCCAUAAUGUUACAACUGGAGUGUGGUCAGGGGUUACUAACGAGCCCAGAUUGAGAGUGUUUCCAACUGUGAAAAACAUAGAAAAACCUGAUGAACCUUUUAUUAAGUUGCCCACUGCAACAUCGGCUACUCUAUUCCAAACAAGCCCAAUAUUUAACAAAGCAGUCGAUGCUGAUUUAGACGCUAAUUCAAAAACAGCUAAAGCAAUUAACCUACCACCAUUGAGACAUUCUGUUGUCGAAAGGCCUACCACAAAUCCAGACAAUCAAUGGCGUCAUCACGUACAGAUCCCAAUUCUAUUUAGUAAAGAGAAAACCUCAGCAACUAUCCCCCAAACAACCAUGCACACGGUGACAGUGCCCACGAGUACUCCUACAACUGUGCCUACCACAAUUAGCACUGCUCAAUUGUUUAGAAAUACCUCAUUGAACAAAAGGUUGCAUUAUCCUCCAAUCCUUCCAAAGCUAGGAGGGAAUUCAUCCAGUGCUGCUCAACUAUCUCCUAAUUUCAGGACAACAAAGGGAAAACCGAAAAUAGUUACUAGGAACCCUCUGACCAUGUCAGUAAAAGCAGAGAUGGACGCUUAUCUGCCUUGUGACACAGUUGGGGAGCCCAAGCCUUUUGUGUUUUGGACGAAAGUGUCAACAGGGGCUGUGAUGAUGGCAAGUAGCAAAACACUACGAUUUGAAGUCUUUGACAAUGGGACCUUUGGCAUUCACAAUGUUCAAGUCCAGGACCGUGGGCAGUAUCUGUGCACGGCGCGGAACCAGUACGGCACAGACAAGAUGGUGAUCACGUUGAUUGUGCUGGCUCAGCCUCCGCGAAUAGUCGGACCUCGCUACAAAGAUGCCACCGUGUACCUGGGAGAACCAUUCCUGGCGGAGUGCAGGGCCGAGGGGCUGCCCAACCCCCAUGUUUCGUGGCUGCUACCAGGCAGGAAGCUGCUGCAGAAUCCAGGUGGCGCGGGGAGCAGCUUGACGCUGCUGCAGAACGGGACCCUGUCCAUCAGGGAGACGGCGUUCUCAGACAGAGGGGUUUACAAGUGCAUUGCCAGCAACUCCGUGGGAGCGGACACUGUGACAGUGAGAUUGCACAUCGCGGCACUGCCUCCUAUGAUCCAGCAGGAAAGGACUGAGAGCAUCUCAAUCCUCCCAGGGCAGGGCGCUCGCAUUCACUGCACUGCCAAAGCUGCACCCCCAGCAAACAUUCGCUGGAUCCUUUUCGAUGGGACGCAGAUCCGACCCUCUCAAUUUAUCAACGGCAACCUGUUUGUUUUUCCAAAUGGGACCCUCUACAUACGUAACCUAUCAGAGCGAGACGUCGGCAGCUAUGAAUGUGUGGCAACUAAUGUAGUCGGCGUUGCCAGGAGAACAGUGAGCAUAAACAUUCAAAAGCAUUCAGCUACUGCCAAGAUUACUGUGUCAUCUCCCCAAAGGGUAGAUAUUAGCUAUGGAAGCGUUCUACAUCUGGACUGUGUUGCUGCGGGAGACCCAGGGCCUAGAAUACUCUGGAGGCUACCUUCAAAAUUACUGGUGGAUUCACGCUACAGUUAUAGCAAGAGGAUGAAAGUGUACAGCAAUGGCACUCUCGUCGUCCAGUCAGUUACAGACAAGGAUGCAGGCGAUUACCUCUGUGUGGCCCGCAACAAGAUGGGGGAUGACUUCAUGGUGCUGAAGGUCAAUGUGAUGAUGAAGCCAGCAAAGAUUGAGUACAAGCAAGAUGCCAAGCAUAAGGUCAUGUAUGGGAAAGACCUCAAGGUUGACUGCAUAGCGUCAGGAUUACCUGACCCAGAGAUCUCAUGGAGCCUGCCGGAUGGCACCAUGGUCAACAGCGUCAUGCAGUCCGAUGACAGCGGGACGCGGACACGAAGGUAUACCGUUUUUGAUAAUGGCACCUUGUACUUCAAUGAGGUUGGGUUGAAAGACGAAGGUGACUACACUUGCUAUGCGGUAAACCAGAUCGGCAAGGAUGAGAUGAAAGUCAACGUGAAAGUUGUAGCAGAGCCCCCGGCCUUCCAAAGCGGCACUCCCUCCCUCGUUCAGGUGGCGUAUGGUGAGACCUGUACAAUAAAAUGUGAAGCCAAAGGAGAGCCAACUCCCUGGAUCAGCUGGUACUCUCCAUCCAACAGAUUCAUCCCGCCUUCGUCAAAAUACCAAGUCAUGACUGAUGGCACCCUGGUUAUACACAAGGUGCAGAGAUCAGACAGCGGAAACUACACGUGCGUGGCGAGAAAUACGGCCGGAGAAAGUAAGAGAGUCAUCACCGUCCAGGUAAACAUUGAAGCGCCAAGUAUUAAUGGGCAGAAGGGUGCAAAUACAGUUGUCAAGGAAACAGGAAUGAGGGAAACCCGUAAGCAAAUAGACUGUAAGGCGGAAGGGGUACCUCUUCCUCGGGUCAUGUGGGUGCUGUCAGAAAAUGUGGUUGUAACUGCCCCAUAUUAUGGAAGUAGAAUUCAAGUGCAUCACAAUGGGACGCUUGACAUACGGAGCUUGAAGGGAUCGGAUGCAAACCAGUUAAUGUGUAUUGCUCAUAACGAAGGAGGAGAAGCCAGGCUCACUGUGCAUCUCGAAGUGCUGGACCUGGAGAAACCUUCAUUUACCAAUCCGCUUAGUGCAGGCGUCGCAAUCGUGAUUGGCAACAGUGUGAACCUUAACUGUUCCUCCAGAGGGAACCCCACGCCAGAAACAACCUGGAUCCUUCCAGACGGGACCAGGCUCCUGAGUGGUCAGCAACUGUCAAAGACGUACCACAGGAGGGACGGCACCUUGCACAUCACCAGCCCUUCCUCCGCAGAAGCUGGAGCUUAUCGCUGCAUAGCCAAAAACACAGUAGGCUCCAUUGAGAGGCUAGUCACCUUGGAGAUUGGCCACAAACCAGAAAUACGUAAUCGCUACACUAGCUUGGUCAGAAUUUUACCAGGUGAAAAGAUGAGGCUUGACUGUAUGGUAGGGGGCAAUCCACAGCCUCAGUUAUCAUGGGCUUUACCCAAUGGUGUGGUGCUGAGCAGACCUCAAAAUGUCGGCCGCUUUUCUCUCUUACAGAAUGGGUCACUCAUCGUUCAUGAUGCCUCAGUGUAUGACAGAGGCACUUACUCGUGUAAAGCAGUGAGCGAAUUGGGCCUUAGUUUAAUGAGCGUCGCAGUGAUCGUCAUAGCCUACCCACCGCGCAUCACGAACGGACCGAUGCCCGUGACAUAUGCGAGACACGGCGCCUCGGUUAAGCUGAAUUGCAUGACCAUGGGGAUUCCGAAAGCGGAAAUAAGCUGGGAACUUCCGGACAAGACUCGGCUCACGGCAGUGAAUCAGGCUCGCCUGAUUGGUAACAAAUACCUCGACCCUCAAGGGUUGCUAAUCUUACAGAAUCCGUCCAGCAGAGACACUGGCUUUUACAAAUGCACUGCAAAGAACCUGCUAGGGAGUGACUCAAAGAUAACCUAUGUCCACAUUUUUUAAAGGAACAUUUGUUUUAAAUUGAUUCUUUUUCCCCCUAGUAAAUGCCUAAGAAACUGCCUUCCAUGUGCAGUGGACACUGCUGGUUGUGAAGAUCACCUUCCGAAGUUAUGUGAAAACUGAUGACAAAUGUAUAAAACAUUGCUUCAACAUUCUUUCAAAUGGUUUCCCUCCAACGUUUCUCUUUGAUGUUGGCAGUAUGCCUUUUUAGUGACUUUUGUCCUAAAAAGGGGCACAUCAAUUUAAAAUUAGUGCUAAAUAGGAAAUAAGCCCCGAUCAUUUCAAGCAAUGAACUGUCUUCAAUCACCGUAGGCUUUGAAAGGAGAUUAAGGAAAACUACCCAACAUGCCACUCACCAGUACCUGGGAUGUAAGGGCAAAUGUCAUUUGUCUCUCUCUCUCUCUCUCUAAUUGUCAUUGCCUGAAGUAAAAGAGAAAUAUUGACUCUAUGGUCAAUGAAAAACUGCCUUGGCAAUGUGGUUGAGCUUGUUCAUAAUGAACUCAGUCGUGAAUCAUGGAUUACUGUAGGUAGAGUAACAGUGCUGUCAAUGAACAAUGGUGCUCUUUCAUUUAACAACAAGUUAUAGCUAUAGAAAGUGGGACUUGAAGCCUUUUCUAUAUUAACAUGACAUGAAGUCAGUCAACGUUAGGAGUCAGAUAAUAUUGAGUGAUGCAUUUUAUACAGUUAUUAAUCCUAAUUAUUUUACUAAUAAAAAUUGAUUUGACAAAGUAAGUCAUUUGCAUUACAAGCAGAGAUUUUUUAAAAAAAAGAAAGCUCCCUCUCUCAAAUAGCCUCAUAAAAUCAUGCAGCACAGAAGGAGGUCGUUUGGCCCAUUGUGCCUCUGUUAGCUCUUUGAAAAAGCUAUCUAAUUGGUCGUACUCACCUACCCCCUCGUCACCACCUAUGAUUUUUCCUUUUCCAAGUAUUUAUCCAAUUGGGAAGUGUCUAUUGAAUUGGCUUCCACCGCCCUUUCAUGUAGUGCAUUUCAGAUCGUAACAGCCCACAGCAUUAAAACAUUUCCCCUCACCACCUCCUCUGGUUUAUUUUUCCAAUUAUCUUAAAUUUGUGUCCUCUGAUUACCACAUCUCCUGGCCCUGGAAACAGCUUCCCCUUCCAACACCAGCUCUGAAGAAGAGUCAUACGGACUCCAAACGUUAACCCUGUUUCUCUCUCCACAGCUGCUGCUAGACCUGCUGUGUCUUUCCAGCAUUUUGUGUCUUUGUAACAGCUUCCCCUUAUUUGCUCUACCAAAACCCUUCAUCUUGUACACCCCUCUAAAAUCUCCCUUUAAUCUUCUCAGCUCAAAGGAAAACAACCCCAGCUUCUCUAGCCUCUCCAUAUAACGGAAGUCUAUCAUUCUUUGUAUAACUUUCGUAAAUCUUCUCUGCACUCUCUGCACCCUUCCUAAAGUGUGAUGCCCUGGAACUGAACACAAUACUCCAGCUGAGGUCCAAUCAUUGAUUUUAAAGGUUUUACAUAAUUUCAGUUUUAAAUUGUACAUAAAUAACUUUUUUUUUGCAAACUUACCAUGAGAACCAUUGCCAUUAUACAACCAUGUAAAUACAAAAAUUGUCCUUUGAACAUUAGUACUUGGUAAUUUUUAUGUAAAUCCUAGGUUGUUAUUAAAGGUAAGGAUAUGUACUUUUAUCCGCUGCUUGGUGACCUACUUUGGCUCAUAUGCUACUAUGGUACUGUGCUAUAUUAAUAUUAAAGAUCCAAGUCUAUGCUGAAUUAGCUGUCCAGUGUGGCAGAAGGAGUGGCACAAUUGGCUCCUGCACUAGGGGACAGUAAUCUAGUGGCUAUGCUGCUGGACUAGUAAUUCAAAUGUUUUGGGCUUAAUAAAACAGAGAACGUGAGUUCAAAUUAAAAUGAGUUUGAGAAUUUGAAUUCAAUUUUACAUACAAAGUCUGGAAAUAGAAAACUGCUGUCAGUAAAAGUGAACCACGAAGCUGUCAGAUUGUUGUUCAAAAGUUACCCAAUUGGCUCGCCAAUGUUCUUCAGGGUAAAAAACCUGCUGCAUUUACUUGGUGACUGUAAUCCCGCACAAACGUGACAGCUUUCCCAAGUGGCCUAGCAAGCAGUUCAAAUUUUAUCAAACAAUGCUUGGCACCAUGUUCUCAGUGCAAUGUGGGAUGGGCAAUAUCUGCUUGUGUUGACCACAUCCCAAAAACAUGUUCUUUUUUUUAAACUAAGUAUUGGAAAAGCGAUUAGUCCAGAAUUUUUCUCAGGAUGGUUAUCUCCGUGCUCUCUGCGGUUUAGUAGCCUGGAUGGUCCUUACUGUCAGAACAGCCAGAUUUACUCCAGCAUUUUCCAUUUUGGACAGAGACAGAAGGUAAAUGUUAGGAGCUGCCUGGCACCUCAAGCAUAUCAGUGACCUUUUUUGUAAGUUGUCGCCAGUGCAAAUUAUUUUGGUUUCCCAUCAAAAAGUACAAAGCUGUCAAAUGUCCGCCACGUUCAUGGGAGGUAGCGAGCCCAGUCAUGCGCACUCAGACACAUCAUACAUACACACCGCAUCAUACAGACACACACAUUAUAUGUAUACAUGACUUGUACAUACUCACAACAUACAUAGGGCACGCACCCAACGUGCCUGAACAUAAAAUUACACACAAUGACGCCAGGCGUGCGUCCCGACAUCAUCUCGCAGUCUCGCGAUAUUUCGUUUGGCAGGCGCGUGCCAGAGCUGCAGAUAAUUAAAAGGCCUAU